CGACGGUAUUAUUAUCUUCGUUGGCCAGACCGACGAGGUUCUCCGGCGCGGUCACCGCCGACAUGAUGACAACGGUUAUGCGGCGCGUGCAACAGCGGUCGGACCACGCCGCGCACGACAAUAAUAAUAAUAGUAUGACCGGCUUAACAUCGUUCAAAGUAAUUAAUUAGCACACAUUUUCUUUUCAACCGUAUAGGCGACGACGCUUGCGUGUCUAUUGGCCACCCGCAAGCAGCCGUUUAUACGAUUCUUCGUCGACACUUAAAUGGAUAGCGGUUUGCCAUCAACCCGAUGGUUCGCCCCUGACCACGAUUGCCACGAUUGACGCGCUUAAAAAACUUUCCCAAUAAUCAUGUCAUAUCAAAAAAAUUACAAAUACACGUUAUCUUCAAACAACGGGAUUCUAUCAACGGAACAAAGGGAUUUUUUCGAAAUUAAUGGAUUCAUUAUCAUUAAACACUUGAUACAUGAAACAUUGUUGGAUCGAUUCAAACAAAGAUUCAUCGAUAUAUGUGAAAAUAAGAUCAAUCGAGGAGGAAUAACUGUGAUGAAAGAUAUAUCAUCAGUUAAAAAAAAUCAAGAAGUAAUUUCUAAUGAGCGUAUCGUUAAUAAGAUUCAAGACAUAUUAUGGGAUGAUGUAUUCGAACAAUACUUUCUCCAUCCACAACUACUCGAUUAUGUACAAUGUUUCACUGGAAAUAAUAUAAUGGCAAUGCAUUCAAUGUUAAUAAACAAACCUCCAGAUACUGGUUCAAUGACUUCGAGACAUCCAAUGCAUCAGGAUUUACAUUACUUUGCCUUUCGCCCAGCUGACAGAAUCGUAGCUACAUGGACAGCUAUGCAAACGGUUACAAAAGCUAACGGGUGUCUGUUUGUAUUGCCGGGUUCACAUAUACAACCGGGCAAACUUCUUCCACACGAAUAUCCCGAAUGGAAAGGUGGCGUGAAUAAAGGUUUCCAUGGGAUUAUCGGCUACGAUAGUCACGAAAAAAAAUAUUUGGAUAUGAAUCCCGGUGACACAGUAUUUUUUCACCCAUUACUAAUACACGGAUCUGGACCAAAUACGUCACAAGAAACAAGAAAAGCAAUUUCUUGUCAUUUCGCAUCCUGUGAAUGCCAAUAUAUAGAUGUAACUGGUACGACACAACAAAAUAUCGCCAUUGAAGUCAAAGAAAUAGCACGUCGGAGAGGUUUCAAUGACAUGGACUUCAAAGACUUUUGGAAGUUUCGAAGCCGACUAGUACGUGGAUUGAAAAUGCAUUUAUGACGUGGUCUUAAUGAGCUGCAAUUUAAAAAAAUUAUUUCACAUAAUUUAUUUAACCUUUAUUUACAUAUUCUUUUAGCAAUUUCAAUUAGUUUAUUAGUGACGCCUAUCUAUCAAUUAUAAUAAUUAUAUUUAUAAACCAACACAUAUACUACACACUACACAUAUAUAUUAUAUUAUAUACCUAUAUAUUUUUAUUUUACUAGCUUUUGAUAAAAAGUUACAAUAAAUUCAACAAAAAUGUAUGGUCGCUAUU